AUGGCGGCGGCCGAGGCCGAGUGGGAGCCGGCGGGGCUGCUGCCGGCCCCGGGGGGCGGCCUCGACUGGGAGGCCGUGCUGGGCGAGGAGCUGAGCGAGCUGCUGGGCGCCGCGGAGCCGCGGCGGGCCCCGAGGGACGAGCCCGACGAAAAUGAUCUCUAUAACUUUCAUUUUGAUUUGGAUUUGAUGUCUUGGGACUCGGAUCUUUGGAAUAUUACAGGCCAUGCUUAUGCAGAUGCAAGCGUGAAGACAGAACCCUUAUCACCAGCCACUUCAAAUUGUUCGGUCCCUUCUCCGUCGUCUGUGGGCUCUCCAGUGCAGAAUGUGCCUGAUGACGUGGACUUCAGCUGUAGUGCCCAGAUGUCUCCCAUCUCUCUUUACAGCAAGAGUUGCAGAAGCCCUGCAUCCCCCGAGGGAGAUGGAGGGAAGAAGCCUGCUGUCAGCAUCACUUCUCGAUCUGCAAAUAGUUCUGCGAGGACCCUGAAGAAGUGUGGUCAGACAGUGUCCAGGCCUUCGAUACAACCCAAACCCCUUUUGCCUGCUGUACCUGAGGCUCAGGCUAACAUUGGCAUCCCAGCUAAAACCAUCAUUAUUCAGACUCUUCCCACGCUUGUGCCACUGCCAAAGCAUCAGCCAGUUGUUAACAUCCAGCCAGCACCCCCUAAAGGUCAAUCAGUGGUGCUCCCUCAGCCCACUGUGGUACAGCUCCAGGCUUCUGGGGUGCUUCCUCCCUCCCAGCCAGUCAUUGCUGUCACUGGAGGGAACACGCCGCUUCACAAUCAUACGGUGAAUGCAUUGCCUCCAUCUGCUGGAAAUGGCUCAACAAGUGGCAAAAUACCAGUGACUAAGCCCUUGCUUCAAAGCACCACACCAGCAAUGGGGCUGGAUGUCAAUGUCUUGAGAAGGCAGCAGCGCAUGAUCAAAAACCGGGAGUCUGCCUUUCAGUCACGGAAGAAAAAGAAAGAAUACAUGUUGGGACUGGAGGCAAGGCUGGAGGCAGCCUUACUGGAGAAUGAGAAACUCAAAAAAGAAAACAGCACACUGAAGAGGCAGCUGGAUGAAGUGGUAUUAGAGAACCAGAAGCUCAAAGUAUCAUCUCCAAAGAGAAGGACCCUGUGUGUGAUGGUGAUACUGGCUUUCAUAAUGUUGAAUUAUGGUCCACUGAGUGUAUUCGAAAAGGAUCCCAAUGGAGUUGAUUCCACUGCAAGUUCCAGCCACCGGACCAGAAAUCUUCUGGAGUUCUCAGCUAGCCAGGAGUCCAGCACAGCUCAGAAAACACCUGGCGACAUCAUUCCCGAGAAGAGUAAUAGGUAUGAUGGUUCUAUAUCUGAUAACAAAGCGCUGAUGAUAGUCUCGGAAGAACCAUUGUUAUAUAUCUCACCACCACCACCCCCCUGUCAGCCUCUGAUCAACAGGACAGAGUCGCUCAGGCUGAAUCACGAACUUCGAGGAUGGGUUCAUAGACAUGAAGUGGAACGAACAAGAUCUAGAAGGUUGUCAAAUAACCAACAGCAGAAAGCACGGGUUAUGCAGAGCUCCCUCAGUGAGAAGGCAGAUUCCCAGCUAAUGGCCAUGCCCUACACGGACACCAGCCUCAGCAGGAACUCAGGGAAUGAGCUGCAAGUGUAUUAUGCCUCUCCAAGGAGCUAUCAAGAUUUUUUUGAAGCUAUUCGCAGAAGGGAAGAUACGUUCUACGUGGUGUCAUUUCGCAGAGACCACCUGUUAUUGCCAGCCACCACACAUAACAAGACCAGAAGACCAAAGAUGUCUAUAGUGUUGCCAGCUGUAAACAUCAAUGAGAAUGUGAUCAAUGGGCAGGACUACGAGGUGAUGAUGCAGAUCGACUGCGAAGUGAUGGACACCAGGAUACUCCACAUCAAAAGUUCAUCUGUCCCUCCAUACCUCCGAGAGCAGCGCAGAAAUCACACUGACACCUUCUACAGCUCGUCUCCCUCCGUCCCAGAGAUGCCCCAUGCCCUGAGGGCCAUCGUCAAAUCCCUGCAGUAGCUCCUGCAGUGUAACUGCAUGGCCCGUGCACCCGGCAUACAGCUGGUCCUGCUGCCAGACUGAGCCCCUUUGCUGGCGGGUGCUUGGGGCUCCUGGCACAUCAGCACAGCAAGGGCAGACCCCGCUUAGCCCAUUCCUGUGCCUAACCCUACCCAUCAGCUGCAUCCUGCCCAGGAAUUAUACAGCUCAGCUGGCACCUUGCCGGACACAGAUGUGGGGGACCCACACAGCGUGUGAUGCCCAGUGCCAGGGGUGUGGGUGAUGCACGCUGCCGCAGUCCUGGUGGCGGCAUCAGCAGCUGGUGCCUGGAGCUUGCACGGGGUGGGGGGGACACAGGCCAUCCUUGCACUGUCCAAAAUUGUGGUUUGUUUUUUUUUGGUUUGUUUUUUUUGUCCCUGUUAAACUGUCUCCUGAGGUGGGGUGCUGCCCAGGAUUGCAGCAGUGCCAUGGGGCAGCCCAGUCCCAGCCACACAGUGGGGCAGUGGGAACCCGCACUGACAUCCAAAGCACUACAAGCAGAAUGACCUGCACUGCCAUGAAGCGUGGCCCCGCUCCCGGGGUUCAUCCUGCUGGGGGAGUCCCGAGGUUGCACCCACCACGAGCAGGGCACCUCGGUGGUACAAGGCCUGGGCUGCUCUCCCAGGCAGUGUACACACAGACAUACACCACCACCACCCCCCAACACACACCCACCCCCAACUGCGUGUGCUGCCUGCACACUGCUGCUGUCUUUCCCCUUUUGCAUGGCAAAAGGCUGGGUCUUGGCCCAAGGGUGGUGACUGAGUGCAGCACAUGCAUUUCUAAAGAUUGUACUGCUGGGGUUUUC